ACGGUCUCAAGAAAUUCUUACGAGGAAUUUCUUUCGACUAGAAUUAGACACACUGCAUGCAAUAGCCUGCCUUCGAAUGCACGCUCGCCUCCACACCGCACCGCCCCAAACCACAGACCCAUUGUCCUCUUUCCUCAAUCAGCUCCCGCAAUCGAAACCAACUCCAGUCCGCCGCAUUCAACAGCUGCAAACGGCAUGGCUAGUUGUGUGCAUAAUAUUAGCAGAACUCGACGCCCAUCAACUCCCUGGCCCUCAACUGGAUCAAUCCUCUACCUGCAGCAAGCUAGGUAAGCAGCCUUAUUCUUUCUAUUACAUGUCUACGCUUAACCCAACAACAUACUCCCAAGCGACUUCCCCAUGACCUUUUAGCUGUCUCACUCACAGGGUUUUCAUCUCCCUAUUCUUCUUUGACCUGUCUCGAACAAGCAUGUCUUCCCCUGGACGCUAUGUUCAAAUUAAGACGUAUUAUAAAGUCCAAACUU